GGGGCCACUACCGAAUCGCCAGAGGGGUGGUCACCACUCCCGCCAAUCGGCUUCCAGCAGCGGCGCGGUCCGGAACGCUGACCCGCCAAUCAGCCGCAGACGGUCGGCGGCGCCGGCGGACGCCGAGCGCUCCUCCCCUCCACGUCCGUUUAGGAGUUCGGGAGGGGCGGUUCAACGGUGGGAGUGGAUCGGGAGGAUCAAGAUGACGACUGGUGAUUUGAGGGGAUCCCUUCGAAAAUUAGAACAAGGACUUCGCUCAUUGAAUUAUCCACAAGAUAUUGAUUGUGAUGGGCUUGCAAAAGGUGAUCCAGCUGCCUUUCUGCCAAUUGUGAGCUACGCCUUCACCUCAUAUUCCACAUAUGUGACUGAGCAGCUAAUAACAUCUGGAGUAGAACUUGUAGGAAAAAAUGACACUCGUUUUCUUGAUGCUGUUUACAAGGUGCUACGAGACCAGUUCCAAUAUAAACCAUUACUUUUGAAGGACCAAUUUCUGCACUGUGGGUUUGCAGAACGAAAGAUACAGCUGUUAUGUGACAUAAUAAACAUUGUGACAAAAAAACACAAGGAAUUAAGCAACCUCAACAAGGUGAAGAUACGUUCAAGUAAAAAUUCACAUUAUUCUGUUAAAGUUCCAUCACGAUUAAAAUAUGAAACACUUACUCCGGAAAGUUUCCCAUGCGAACGAAAUGAAACAAUAAAACCUUUGGUGGAGCGUCAUUUACCUAAUGAUGAUAUAAAAACAAUUUGCAUUUCAUCCAGUCCUGAAAAUGAAAUUAUUGAAGACAAGCCUCUUGCUCUUGGAGAAUACUUGGAGCCAUCUACUUCGUAUGAAUCACAGGCACUGGAGAUUGCCAUGCUUAAGCAGCAGAUUGCCAAAUGUCAGGAGAAGCUCCAGGUAUUGGAUGUGAUACAGAGUAAGCUGCAAGCUUUAGAGUGCGCUACAGCUGGGAAAGUGAUUAUAGAUGCAAGGGAUUGGAACAAUCUGCUGAGCCGUGUUGUUCUGCUGGAAACUCAACUGUUGCUACAUUCCAAAAAGAAUGGUUUGUCUUCUGAUUCCAUCAGUGGGAAUGAUGAAUCUACCCUGUGCCAAAUGACAAGUCAUAACUCCUCAGAUAAAGAACUGAGAGUCGAGACGCCAGAGAGUCUUAGCCAUCAGUCAUCUGGAUACAACUCACUGUUAUCAGCAGACGAAUCGCCCAAAGCAAUGAGCAUCAAUUCAUUAUGUCUGACAGAAGUCACAAAGUCGAAGACAAUGAAGUAUAAAGUGGAAAGGAUAAGCAAAAUGAUUGAAGAAACCUCAGAACUGCUGAAGUGUACAGAAAGUUCAGCUGAGACCAGCAAUGCAGACCCUUCAUUGAUUCUCAAGCAAAAUUCCAUGGAUGUUGAAAAUCUCACAAAAACAGAAAAUGCUGGAAAUACUCAGUUGUACAGGCAGUGACUGUGCAGAAAGAUGCAGAAUUAAUGUUUAAAGUCAAUGACCUUUGAUCAAUACAGCUAAUUGCUUCAUUGCAAUGGUUCGGAGAUUAUAUGUACCACUGUUGAUAAAAAUGAUUGUAUUUUUUGCAGAUUUUUAAUUUAUAAUUGAAAGUUUAACUUAUUCACCAAUACUGAAACCUUCAAUUGUGAAGUUUUAUAACAUCAGAAGUUACAAUAAUAAAUGUCCAUGAAAAUAUUAAAAUAUUUGACCUGAAAAAAUUGCAAAAGACAAAUAAAGCUAUUUUGGUUUCCGUAG